AUGUUACACCAAAUUGCUGUUAAUACUAGUAUUAUUUUUGUAAAUUGUAAGAUCACAAAUCAUAAUGCAAGACAAACUGCUAUUAUGCUUUUAAAAGCAUCUGAUAUACCUAAAGAUGAAUUAAUAGUCUUUUCAGAUUACCAAUCACAUAAGGAUCUAAAAGAAUAUUAUAAUUACUCUGGAGAAUUUUAUAUUAUAUAUGAAUCAGAAGAAAAUAAUUUGAAUGCUGAAACAACAAUAUCUAAUUCAGAUUUAAGAAUGUUAGAACAUAAAGUAACAGCAACAUCUAAUAAUAGUAUUAUUAAUGAUAGUUCACAAUAUAAAUUGUCCAAACCUUGCAAAAUUAUAAAACAAUCAAAAUCAAGAUUAACUAUUUUUACAUCUUUUAAACUACUAGUCAAGAAAACAAAGAUUUCAAAUUCUAAAUCUAAUUUACAACAAAAUUAA